AUGGCUGAUCAAAGAAUACUAGUGUCGGCGACUGAAGUUGACGAGCUAGGAGCCAUCAAGGUGCUUAACAUGAUUAAGUUUUAUGAAAUUUUGCUUAAUCAUGAUAAAGGCAUCCAAGGGAAGAUGAGGGAUUACCAACUAGUUGGACUAAAUUGGCUCAUACGCUUGUAUGAGAAUGGAAUAAAUGGAAUUCAGGCUGAUGAAAUGGGGCUCGGUAAAACAUUGCAAACUAUAUCCUUACUGGGUUAUUUGCAUGAGUUCAGAGGAAUCAAAGGCCCUCAUAUGGUGGUUGCUCCAAAAUCUACUCUUGGAAAGUGGAUGAAUGAGAUUCGGCGCUUUUGUCAUGUUCUUCGUGCAAUUAAGUUUCUUGGCAACCCUGAUGAAAGGAGACAUAUAAGAGAUGAAUUAUUGGUUUGCCGAGAAGUUUGA